AUGAUAAUUAUUGGGAUAUGGGAAAUUAUGGCACUGUUGCGGUUGAUGAAGCGCACAAAUAUUUUGCGACAGAGGAAAAAUUAUGGUGACAAAAAAAAUUUAUCAACCACAAACAAACUGUGUCAAUUAAAUCAAGUACUGCCACGUGACAAUAAUGUGAGGAUAACAAGUGCACAAUUAGACGUAAAGGAUAGUGUACCGAGAGAUGCAAAGCGACCUAUAGAUCCGCUAGAUUUGACUUUUAGCGACCCUGUUGCUGCGUUCAAGAGCAAAUCUAUGAAAGAGCUUAUUCGCGCUUACGUUUGUUUUCAAUUAUGCUCCUUUGAUUACGUCGUUGAGAAUAACGCCAAAGUUAAAGACGAAAUUCACAUUCGUCCGACUCUGGACCGACUUCGUCAAUUUGGAGUUAAACCCCUCCUUGAUUACUCCGUUGAGGAAGACCUCUCCAAAGAAGAAGCUGAGAGACGAGAAGUAAAAUCCUCAAUUUCAGAAGCUGGAGACGAAAACAAAGAAGGAACAAUAAAAAAGUACCAUUUGGAAAAAUCAUUUGCCGACCGUCGGUACAAAGUUUCGUCGGCAAGAACGUACUUUUACCUUAAUGAGGCCUCCUGCGAGCGGAACAUGGAUAUUUUUAUAAAAUGCGUCGAAGCAGUUUCCACGGCCUCUGUCGGUACCGGGAUGAUUGCAAUAAAAUUGACAGCACUGGGGCGCCCUCAACUUCUGCUACAAUUGUCAGAAGUGAUAAUGCGCGCGCGCCAGUACAUGUCUGAGGUAGUGGGGGGAGAGGGUGCUGUACUGGCUCACCACACUUCGCCAGAGGAGCUUAAAAAAAAGUUCGAGGACGCGCAUAUCACUGACGCUGCACCGGUAAAGAAAUUUCUCAAUGAACUCCAGUCGGAUAAUGAAGGGGUGAUUCAUCUCUUUCCCUGGAGCGGAAUUUUAAAUGAAAAUUAUGAAUUGAGCGAGACCUUCCAGGUGCCGGAUAUAAAGACGGGGAGGAUGGUCAAGUUAAUGACCCAGCUGACGCGUAAAGAGGAAGAAAUGUUCAGGAAUAUGAUAAGGAGGUUGAACAAUAUUGCAACGAUCGCAGAUAAAUUAAAUGUCAGGAUAAUGAUCGAUGCAGAGCAGACGUAUUUCCAACCAGCGAUUUCACGGCUUACUUUAGAGAUGAUGAGAAAGUACAAUACUCGGAGACCUGUGGUGUUCAACACAUACCAAACAUAUCUAAAAGACACCUGGAGCGAAGUAAAGACUGACUUGGAGCAGGCUGAGCGGCAAAAGUUCUACUUUGGGGCGAAAAUCGUCCGUGGGGCUUACAUUGAACAAGAGAGGGCGCGAGCUUUAGCUAUGGGGUACCCAGACCCGACGAAUCCGACUUAUCAGGCUACUACCGAGUGCUACCAUCGCACCUUGAUGGAGUGUCUCAAAAAAAUGAAACAAUACAAGGAUCAAGGAAUCGAUCCCAAAAGGCUUGCUAUCAUGGUAGCUUCUCACAAUGAAGACACUGUUAGAUUUGCUAUAGAAAAGAUGAAGGAAAUUGGAAUUUCUCCAGAGGACAAAGUUAUAUGUUUUGGUCAAUUACUUGGAAUGUGUGAUUACGUUACAUUUCCUUUAGGACAAUCAGGAUACUCUGUAUACAAAUACAUUCCUUACGGACCAGUUAAGGAAGUUCUUCCAUACUUGUCACGACGUGCCCACGAAAAUUGUGCAAUCCUUGCUAAAAUAAACAAAGAAAAAAAAUUGCUAAUGUCUGAAAUAUUACGGCGCUUGCGCAGUGGACAGCUCUUUUACAAACCGGACGGCCAUUACACUCCAGUAUAA